AUCUGGUAUCUCUGGAGUGCCGUGGGGAAAGUACUGGCUUCCGCUUUGGUGACGGCUAGACCAGGCGGUGGGUCGGCGUAUUGGCUGUUUGGUCUCUCCGCAGCUAGGGGCCCGUUUCCAUCGCAGCACCACGGCCCCCUCCUCCAGCCCAGACCCCGACGAGGCUGCCUGGGGGGCUCCUUCAGGCUCCUUGACGCCUCUCCAAGGGGCAUCUACCUGGGCAUCGCCUGGGCCUCCCGCCGGGGGACUGACUCCCGGCUUCAGCACUCAGGGCCACAGUAAGAGGUGCCCUUAUCAACCCGCGCCCUGCCCCCCUCCCUGAGCCAUCGAGACCCUGGUCCAGAGCGACAGCCUUGGACCUGGGACUAGACGGAUCCAAGACGCUAACUCCUGGCCUCCUACAGACGGGGCUCUGCAUCGUCUCUGAUAUGUCACCCACUAUCUCCCACAAGGACAGCAGUCGGCAACGACGGCCAGGGACUUUUAACCACUCUCUAGAUAUGAAGAGCGGUCCUCUGCCGCCGGGCGCCUGGGAUGAUAAUUAUCCGGAGUUGGUUGACGGGGAAGGGGACCAAGAAGCUCUUCUGCGGGAUAUCGGCGCUAGUGACUUCUCAAAACCCCCACGGAGCUGCCGGGCGGAAUUAAGCAGCAUUUUGCUGUUGCUCUUUCUUUACGUGCUUCAGGGCAUUCCACUGGGCCUGGCGGGAAGCAUCCCACUCAUUUUACAGAGCAAAAACGUUAGCUAUACAGAUCAAGCUUUCUUCAGUUUUGUCUUUUGGCCCUUCAGUCUCAAAUUGCUCUGGGCCCCGUUGGUUGAUGCGGUUUACUUUAGGAACUUCGGUCGUCGCAAAUCUUGGCUUGUCCCUACACAGUAUAUACUGGGACUCUUCAUGAUAUAUCUCUCCACUCAAGUGGACCAUUUGCUCGGAAAUACAGACGGCAGAACCCCCGAUGUGGUUGCUCUCACUGUGACAUUCUUUUUGUUUGAAUUCCUGGCAGCUACUCAGGACAUAGCUGUGGAUGGUUGGGCGUUAACCAUGUUAUCCCGGGAAAACGUGGGUUAUGCUUCUACUUGCAAUUCAGUGGGCCAAACAGCCGGUUACUUUUUGGGCAAUGUUUUGUUUUUGGCCCUUGAAUCUGCCGACUUUUGUAACAAAUAUUUGCGGUUUCAACCUCAACCCAGGGGAAUCGUUACUCUUUCAGACUUCCUUUUCUUCUGGGGAACUGUAUUUUUGAUAACAACAACUUUAGUUGCCCUUCUGAAAAAAGAAAACAAAGAAGUAUCAGUAGGAAAAGAAGAAACCCAAGGGAUCACAGAUACUUACAAGCUGCUUUUUGCAAUUAUAAAAAUGCCUGCAGUUCUGACAUUUUGCCUUCUGAUUCUAACUGCAAAGAUUGGUUUUUCAGCAGCAGAUGCAGUAACAGGACUGAAAUUGGUAGAAGAGGGAGUACCCAAAGAACAUUUAGCCUUAUUGGCAGUUCCAAUGGUUCCUUUGCAAAUAAUAUUGCCUCUGAUUAUCAGCAAAUAUACUGCAGGUCCCCAGCCACUAAACAUAUUUUACAAAGCCAUGCCCUACAGAUUAUUGCUUGGAUUAGAAUAUGCUCUACUGGUCUGGUGGACUCCUAAAGUAGAACAUCAAGGGGGAUUCCCUAUAUAUUACUAUAUUAUAGUGCUGCUCAGUUAUGCGUUACAUCAGGUUACAUUGUAUAGCAUGUAUGUUUCCAUAAUGGCUUUCAAUGCGAAGGUUAGUGAUCCACUUAUUGGCGGAACAUAUAUGACCCUUUUAAAUACUGUGUCCAACCUGGGAGGAAACUGGCCUUCUACGGUAGCUCUUUGGCUGGUAGAUCCCCUCACAGUGAAAGAGGGUGUAGGAGCAUCAAACCAGAAUUGCCGAACACAUGAUGCUGUUGAGCUUUGCAAAAAACUCGGUGGCUCAUGUGUUACAGCACUGGAUGGUUAUUAUGUGGAGUCCAUUAUUUGUGUUUUUAUUGGAUUUGGUUGGUGGUUCUGUCUUGGUCCAAAACUUAAAAAGUUACAGGAUGAAGGACCAUCUUCAUGGAAGUGCAAAAGAAGCAAGUAAUGCAUUCACUACUGGACAUUCUAGAAAGGUAACUCUAGUUUAGUUUUAACUCAGAGAGUUAUGAUAAUCAGUGUACAGGAGUAUAAAAUAUUAUUUUAAACAGGAAAUUAUUAAUAUAAAAUGUCAAAUGGUUAAAAAUAUAGAGACCUCUCUGUAUAUUUAAAUAUACUUUUCCUUGCCUUGUCAAUGUAUUUAAAGUUUACUUAAGGUCAGGAAAUUGGUACUAAAACAACUUUUCUGAUCUUGUUAUUUGAUUUAUGUCUUUUUAAUUUACUGACCAAAACAUGUUUUAAGCUGCAAUGCAGUAGUCAUGGGUGGCAACCAUGAAGUCAAGUAUUGUUAUCAGUACCUAUCAUUGAGCUAUAUUAAAAUGUUUGGUAAAAUAUAUUAAAUGGAACAGAGCUUGAUAUUCAGGUACUAACUACAACUAGUUUGGCCUUGUUGGCAGUUAAAUCUUAUUUUGAAUUGUAAAUUGGUUAAAUUUUUUGUGGAAUUUGUUGAGAAGAGAAUAUAAACUACUGAAAAACCAUUUUAGUUUUAAUUGUUCUGACCAUAACCACAUUGUGCUAAUGAAUCUGUGUUAAAAAGACUAUUUUAAAUGUAUUUCCUGCUUUUGUAAGCAAUAAAGACUUAUAGGAAAAUUAUUCAAACUAUUUUUUAUAAAAUGAAAGCUAUGACUUUUAUUGGUUCCCCUCCCCCUUCCCCCUUUUGGAAGAUAUUUUGAUUCCUUGUUAAUUUUACCAUAAAGCCUACAUAUGGUUUUUUGUCAUAAGUGCUUCAUGGCACAUGGACAGCUCACAAGUAGUUCAAAUUUAAUGUUGUAUGUAUGUUCAUGGCAAAGUUUUGAAAAUAAAAAUUAAACGUUUUUCUUC